AUGUAUAACGCACGCUUCGCUUCCUCGCUCAACUCGCGCAUCCUACUGCUGCUCAUCCUCGCUUUAUCGCACACUUGUCAUACGAACGCACAAUACGGUUUCUAUCCGGGCGGUUAUGGCGGUUACGGUGGCGGUUAUGGCGGUGGUUACAGUGGUCUUGGGUAUGGAAGUGGCUAUGGCUUUGGCGGCGGCAACGCUUAUGGUGGCUACCCCGGCUACGGCGGCAAUCAGCAAUAUCCCGCCUACUAUGGUGGCGGUUAUGGCAAUACGUAUCCGUGUUACAGUAGCUACUAUUGUCUCGGUGGCUAUCCUAGUUUUGGAGGUUAUCCAUCUUACGGCAAUGGCAUGAAUACCGCAUUCGCCAGCAGUAGUGGUGGUGGCAUGGCCAGCGCAUCGGCUAGCAGUGGUAUCGGCUACUUUGGUUAA